UAAAAAGCUUUGUUUUCUAGAGAUUUUCAAAUUCAGAUUCAUUUAGGAACAUUCAGGGGAACAUAUUCUUGCGAGAAGAUGGGAGCAGAGAGCACCUCGAAAACGACCGGCGAAAGUGGAGACCAGGUGGUGUUGAACGUUUAUGAUCUCACCCCCGCCAACAAUUAUUCUUAUUGGUUUGGUUUUGGGAUUUUCCAUUCGGGUCUUGAAGUCCAUGGUAAAGAGUAUGGGUUUGGAGCUCACGACUUCCCUGCAAGUGGAGUUUUUGAAGUAGAACCAAGGAGCUGUCCAGGUUUUAUAUACCGAUGUUCUGUCUCGUUGGGUCAUGUUGAUAUGCCUCCCUCUGAAUUCAGGACGUUUAUUGAGAGUGUUGCUUCUGAAUAUCACGGAGAUACAUAUCAUCUUAUUUCCAAGAAUUGUAAUCAUUUUUCAGAUGAUGUCUGUUGGAGAUUGACUGGGAAAAGAAUACCUGGAUGGGUUAAUCGGCUUGCACGGAUGGGUUCUUUGUGCAGUUGUUUGCUACCUGAAAGUCUUCAAGUAACUACCGUCAAACAAUUGCCCGAAUACCACGAACUCUCAGAGGAAGAAUGUACCGCCGAGUCUCUGUCACUCGAAGCUCGGCAAGUGACAGCAGAAAUCGACAACGAGGAAGAUAAGCGGUUGCUGCCACUGUCACCAUCGACCGGGACUGCCGAUGUUGCUUUUAUCAAAGAAUCCCACAACUGAAAGAGCAGGCAGUCAGUCUCUUUUAUUGCUUACAAACUUCAUCCCAUAUGCUCUAUAAUCUUGUCUCCAUUUCAAAAGUUGAAACUGUUUUGCUUCUGUUAUAUCAAGCGUUUGGAAAUAGAAUGUUGUUCUUGCUAAUUAGCUAUGGUUACACUUCUGGGCUUAAUUGACCCACAAGAAAUAUAGAGAUCAAUUUGAAUGUUAUUUCCA